CACUCUUUCGAAGGGAUUAGUGCUGGCGACUAUGGUUGUCCAUCUCUGACUUCCUGGUUCAUUCUUCCUGUGUGUACUCUUUCAUCAGUUAGGCUGUAACUCGAGCUGUACGCAUGGGCUACCACUUUGGCCUUGCAGACAGUCUUGCGUACUCUAAUGAUGCAAGAUAUUAGAAACGAGGUAGACAAUUUGGUAAAUUUAGAUUUUUUCUGCUAGUGCUGCAGGGUUGCAAUUACCUAUGCACAUGCACACUCGCUUCAGGCUACCUUUUCCUAGCAGUGCAGCCUAAAUUAUUAUUAAACCUCGCAACACAGGUUCUCCUUGAUUUUGAAUUUGGAGGUUCACUGAUGAAUUACUCGAUCCCGUUUAAUACGUUUUGGUAUCUUGUCUUCAGUUAGCUACAAGGCACCAGGGCAUGUCAUCCCCUCUUCAAUUUGUUCAAGUUUUGAUUUAUGAGGCCGUCAUGCUACUGUAGUUGAGUUCUGAUCCCUGCAACUGCUGAAUUUGUAAUAAGUAGGAUGUCUGCAAAGGUGUCAAGGCUUCCGGAAGUUAAUUCUGCUAGGAUGGCUGAUUGGGCUAAUCUUCAGACUGAUAUUGUUGGUACAAUCAUAAGGAAGCUUGCCAUCCCUGACUAUAUCAGAUUCCGUGCCGUAUGCACCUCGUGGAACCGUGUCUGUGCCUGCAGGGAUGUAUCCAACAAUCCAAGGGUAGACCCAUGGCUGAUGCUCCCCACAAAGAUGCUCGAGGAUGCUAAAUUUUUCAGCAUACCUGAAAGAAAGAAUGAAACCAUACGCAUCCUGAGUAUUGCCACGAUCUGUGGCUCCGCGUGGACUCCUGUUGGUUCCUCCAAUGGUUGGCUUGUCUUCUUCAACCCGACUCUGGGAACCAUCCAGCUGGUUAAUCCAAUCAGCAGCGCUCAGUUCCAACUCCCCCCAGUUGGAUGCAAGCUGUUCUCCAAAGCCGUGUUGCUUGACAUGAGUGAGAGUAACUUCAGCGUUGCUGUCAUCUAUGGCGACCAAAAAGGAUACAAAGUGACAUGCAAAGGAAGCAAAGGCUGGUCAUCUGUUGAUUCAAAACACGUCCUGAUAGAUGUCUUCAAGCACAGAAGUCAACUUUACACCAUUGACAUAUAUGGUACGGUCGAGCUGUGGGCAGAGCCACCCAGUGCAUGGCCGGAUGAGGAUGGCUUGCUGGUGGAUCCAAAUCUGCAUCACAACUUUGCGCUGGAUGAGGACGACCCGAUAUGGGAUCAAUAUGUGUAUGACAACUGGAUGGAGGACCAGCCGGAUGAGGAUGGCCCGGAUGAGGACGGCCCGGAUGAGGAUGGCUUGCUGUUGGGUCCAAAUCUGCAUCACAACUUCGCGCCGGAUGAGGACGACCUGAUGGGGGGCCCAUAUCUGCAUGACAACUUCGAGCUGGACGAGGAGGGCCCGCUGGUGUAUCCAAAUCUGCAUCACAACUUCGGCCCGGAUGAGGAUGACCCGAUGGGUAUUCCAUAUCUGUAUGACGACUUGGAGCUGGUGGAUCCGCUGGUGGAUCCAAAUCAAUUAAACUGUCUGGUGGAGACCCCAGCUGGUGAUCUCAUGAAGGUUAAGCGUCAAUCUGAGAGCAAGUUUGUGGUGUGGAUCCUGAACAAGGGGACAUCUUCCUUCGAGAGGACUAAUGACAUUGGGGAAUUCGGGCUGUUUGUCAGCCGCUACAGCUCGUUCUGUCUCCUCGCUAAGGACCAUCCGAACGUGAAGUCGAACCACGUCUACUUCAUCGACAGCUACAUGAACCUGUGCGCGUUCAACCUCGAGCAUGGGACCAAGGAACUCGUGGAAGCCCUCGAAACACUCGGUGCGCAGAAUCAGCAAGACAUGUACUUGCAGGGGCGCCCAGGAGUACAUUCAUUCUUAUGGUUCACCCCUUCACUGAAAUGAGGGAACGCGUGCAAAGGUA